AUGGAAGCCACAAACGACUUAGCAACAACGCCGUCGGGACGAAAACAGAUAGUAGACUAUCGAGGAGCCGGAGGUAAAUUGAGAAAACCUCCGUCGAGGAGGCCACAGGCAACUCCGUAUGCUCGCCCGCCGGAGAACCAAGUGCAACGGAGUCGGUGGCUGUCGAAGCUGGUGGAUCCGGCUUAUAAGUUGAUUUCUGGGGGUGCGAACCUGAUUUUCCCGUCUUUCUUCUCCAAAUCGGAGUCGGUGGAUGACGGUACUAACGAAGAAGAAGAAGAUGACGAUAAAUCGUAUGAGGAGGUGGAGGAGCAGAAUGCUAGUGGUGAUGCUGCCAAUCUCACUGUUAACCAUGUGGCAUCCAGAUCAACUGAUGUAGCUGGUACUAGCAGAGUGGCAGAAGUAUCCAAGAGUGGCUCUGACUUUGAGGGCCAUGAACAACAUCAAAAAGUUGGCAUGCCUGAUCAUAAUGGGCUUUCUGAUAUCGAACAAUUAGUGAAGGACAGAAAGUUUUCUAGGGAUGAAAUUAAUCGUUUGAUGGAGAUUCUUCAUUCAAGGGCAGUUGAUUUUCCAAAUGUUGAGCAAGAAAAGGAAUACUCGAGCCUGAUUGCUAGAGAUGUUGAAAGGCCUGCUGCUGCCAUUGAAUAUUCAAGAAAGUCAACUGAUGAAAAGCGGGAAGAUUUGAAUACAGGUAUUUGGGGAACCUCAAAAAUUCAAGGAAAGAGAUAUUCAAGCGUGAUUCCAGGAGAUGUCGGAGGCCCUAAAAUCCCUUUUGAAAAUUCAAGAAAUUCAACUGAAGAAAAGCAUGAAGAAUUGAAUAAAGCUAUUUGGGGAAACUCGACCCCUCUUGUCAAGUCAAUUUUGCCAGAUGAUGUUGGAGCCUCACCAAUUGAUAUUGCAAGGGCUUAUAUGGAAAACCGAACAUCAGAAGUAGGCUUUGGCUCUAAGAGUUUAAUUUCAAAAGAUGAAGGGGCAUUGUUGAAUGGCAAUCUUCUUGCAUCAAAGCCAUUUUUGCCAUCUCCUUCACCUAAGCCAUCCACAUGCUGGCCAGGUGCCACAGUACAGGAUCAGCGUGGGUUUCUGACUCCACAAAGUCAAAGAGGGAGAUUUGGGCUUCACAGUUUUCCCCGAACACCUUAUUCUAGAACCAUUAAUUCAAAGUCCAAGUCCCAGAAGCUUCAGUUACAGGGCGAUAAUAGUACACAUGUGAACAGGACACUCUCUCCCUUUCGGCAGUCUCAAACUCCUGUAUACGGACAGGUGAAUUCAAGGGGAAAAUCAGUGUAUGAUGGACAGGGAUCUGUUGGGCCCAUUCGUAAGAAUAGGAUACGGCAUAAAGUUGUUGCAGAAACUCCUUCUAGAGGGUCUGCUGAUCGUCAUUCAAUUUUAAAUAGUCCUCAGGUGGAAAACUUAAAUGCUUUUGAAGGAUUAUGUUCGAGUGUAAAGAAGAGUACAGAAAAAGGAGAAACAAGUAGCCCUUCAGAAUUUCUGUUAGCAGAUAGCAAGCCACAAAGCUCCGAAAAUGUUCCAACUGUUCCUCCGUAUUCCAGGCAGAUGGCCCAGAAAAUAUUAGAACACCUUGAUAGAAACCUGCCAACUCCAAAAGAGAAAUCUGCCGAGUUGAGGCUAGCCACUUCCUGGAAGAAACUCCAUUCCUCAAGCAAGAAUAAUAACUUGACCAACUUGGGAGGCCUUUACUCUGCUAGUAAAUCAGAUCUGGCUGACAAAACGAAUUCAGUUCAGGGGACUGAAGAUAGAGGGAAUGUACUCUUUAAAUCUGCUCCUCAAGGAGUUUCUAUUCAAGCUAAUGAUGCUGCAAAAAGUAACACUUCAGCUUCAGACAUGAAGGCUGUGCCAAAUGCCGCUGCAUCAGAGCUUCUAAGUUUUCAGAAGAAGCCUCCUACUCACUCCACAGGGAAUAAACCAGUUUUGUCUUCUAUAAGCGUUAGCAAGCCCGGUCACAGGUGGGCAUUAUCUUCUGAUAAGAGUUCCGGAUUUACUUUCCCCAUUUCUGCAUCUUCAGGCGUACUCUCCGAGCCUCCAACACCAACAAUCAUGCCAUCAACCUCAGCCACUGCUGUGUCUCCACCAAAAGAUGCAUCGUCAGUUCCUUCAUAUAGUUUUGGCUCUAAGAAGUCUGGUCCUGCCAUUGUUUUUUCUUUCCCUUCAACUAGCAACGCCCCUGUACAAGACAAUGCAUCUUCCGAUCCGAAGUUCAACUUUGGAUCAGAGAAGACGACUAGGAUAUCUUUCAGUUCGAUAGGACAAAAUUCCAUCUGCUAUUAA